GUAACAUUUGAUCCAUCAAAAAAAUUUUUUGUUGGGUUUUUGUGUGAUUAUCGAAAGCAAAUCAAAAAUCUUUUCGGACAUUAAAAUGGCCAAUACAGAUAAUACAACUUUAAUUACUAAUUUGUGUACUACAAAGUUUGCAAUAUUAAAAUGGCUUCAAAUGCUUUGUUAUAUUAUUAUUGUAUUUUUCCUUAUUGAUGGACACAGACAAUGGGGAAUAUAUACAUUUAUGUUUAUCUGUGCAAUAAUUUUUGGCAUUUUAUGUUUGGCAACAUUACUUAUAAAUUAUUUUCUCUCUCAACCUCGUGCUACUCAUCAAAAAAUUAUUUUUUGCCUUAUAUUUUUUGGCAUUCUGGCGGUUGAUUAUGCAAAAAUGAAUUCUGGCAAUUACAAUUUCCACAAAUAUUUGCCUCCGCCUAAUAUUGGAAAAGAGGGUUGGCGAAACAGAAUCCUUGUUGUUCUGAUUACUGAAGCUCUAACUGCAAUUCUCCAUGGACUUUCAAUUUUCGGAAUUAAAAAAUAACCUAAAUAUAUUUAAAGAUAUUCAAAUUUCUCAUUUAAAAUAACGAAAUUAAAUAAAAGUGAACAAAAAAUUUUUUUAAUUUUAUAGUAACAAACCCUUGAAGAGAUAAAAAAGGAACAAAGAAUAUUUAUUAAAAAGCUGUGUAUUUUUGUUGUUUUUAGUUAUUAAUUCUUCCUCUUAUUUUCCUAAGCCUUCCCUGUUGUUUCUUAAGCCUCAACGCCUUUUUGUUGUUUUGCCUUUUACAGUCUUUUGCUUGAUCACAGCAGUUUUUCCUUUUACUUUCUUUUGUUUGGUCACAGCUUUUUUGCCUUUUACACCCUUAUGUUUAACGGCAGCUCUUAAAAAGAAAAAUUAUCAGAUAUCUUUAAUCUUGUAUAGUUUAAAAUCUUACUUGGAAACCAUAUCGCUCGGUGGGUCUUCUAUAAUACUUUUAGGAGGCACCUUCAUUUUCUUUUUGCAGCAAUGGACAAUGAAAUUGAUGAAGAACAGCG